AUGUUUCUUCAUCUUUCUUCGUCUUUUUUUGUCUUAACCACAAUAUUUAUCCAUUGUAUACCAUCAUCAUUGGCACACAACAAAGAUUUUCCAUCUUUACAUAUAAUCUAUUUAGUUCGGAAUGCGCUGCAUUAUUGUCCCGUGAAAAAUAGAGAUUUAUUCAAAUUAUUAGAUGCUGGUGUUGAACAAAUACGACAGACAGCCAAAGUAAUAGGUGAUGAUAUGAUCGAACGUAUUAGAAUCAAAGGUAAACCAACAUUGCCUAUUCAACGAUGGACAUCUCUGAAUGACCAACAAUGUAUACUAACUUCAAAUGCACUAGUUUAUCAACUUGAACGUCGUGGCAUCUCUGGUAUUCACCUGGAAGAUAAUCGACGUGAUACAGAAUAUUUUGACGAGAAACCACGCUCUGGUCUUGAUCAAUUUCAGAAAUUUAAAGAAUAUAUUUUAGAUAUGGCGGAACACUCAACGAUGAAUAAUCGACGAAAUAUUAUCUACAGUAUUGUUGUGGCUGAAAAAAGUGUUAUUCGAACAUUCAUCCAAAAAAUCGAUCCAAAGUAUGGUGCUGAAGAAAUUCGUCAUGGUACAUUCUAUGUUCUUCAACAUGAUACAGGUGGUGCUCAGCUCGACGAUGAUUGGAAAACUCUGCAGCCGACGGAAAUUGUACGUGGACCGGUGAACGUUGAAAAAUUUCAGACAACACAAUGUAUCGGUAUUUCCCAAGAUUUGAUGACGAAAUAUGUCACUCAUAAAUGUAAAGCUAAUACCGUCUUUGAUAGUCGUACUUCUGUAUCAGAUCAAUAUCGAAAACAGAAUCCAAAUGUGCCAGAUUCAGAUAUGAAUGUCAUUGAAAGAGAAGUUGAAUAUAAGGAAAAAUUCGGCUUAAAAGCUUGCCAGUAUGAAUUACAAUUGAAAGAAAAAGCUAAAACGAAACAGAAGAACAAUAAAGACUAA